GCUGAAGCUUAAGACCGUGUGCACACUCCCCUCCGGCUGUGUGCGUCUAUCGGGGGAGCCAAUCCGUGGCAGCAUUCUGACUAAGUGAGUCGCUUUAAGACUAUCAGUGCCAUGGCACCGUCACAUCCUCUGACCACUGGAUCCUCCACUGUUUCUUAUUAGUGACCGUGCGCCACUAGGGGAAUAAUUUUACGCGCGAGCACUUACAGGCAAAAACCGACCUCUGUCCUCCUGUUGCGCCAUGGAGAACUCCAGCCUGUUGGGUGGCGACGCACAGAAUGCUGGCUUGAUAGACUUUCUUAUGUCGGACACUUUGGAUCAAGUUGUGGAUUUUCCACAGGACACUGCCAUGGCUGGAUUAGUGGCCGGUAGUGCCAUCUUCCUUGAAGGCAGCACCUUCAGGACUGCCGCUGGAGCGGAGUUUAUGGCCGCUCCGCCGACGGAAUCCCCUCACCUGAUGCCUGCCUUUUGGGAUUCCCCGCUCAGUCACGGAAUCAAUGUGUUUGUGGGACUUGUUCUUUGCUUCACUAUGCUGGGGCUGGGCUGCACGGUGGAGAUCAGCCAGCUUGGGCAGCACAUCCGCCGACCCAUUGGGGUGCUGCUGGCACUGGUGUGUCAGUUUGUUAUCAUGCCCUUGGUGGCCUUUCUUUUGGCUUUAGCCUUCUCUCUGGAUGAUGUGGCGGCGAUGGCUGUUCUACUCUGUGGCUGCUGCCCCGGAGGAAACUUAUCAAAUAUCAUGUGUCUGCUGGUGCACGGAGAGAUGAAUCUAAGCAUCAUCAUGACCAUAUCUUCCACUCUGCUGGCGCUCGUGCUGAUGCCACUGUGUCUGUGGAUCUACAGCCGGGCCUGGAUCAACACACCUGUGGUCAACCUCAUGCCCUUCGGGGCCAUCAUCCUGACCCUGUGCAGCACUCUCAUCCCCAUUGGUUUGGGAGUUAUGCUGAGGUACCGAUACACGCGUGUGGCCGACAUUGUUUUAAAGGUAUCCCUGUGGUCUCUGCUAGUCACCCUUGUGAUGCUGUUCAUCCUGACUGGAGCGAUGCUGGGGCCGGAGCUCCUGUCCACCAUCCCGCCCUCGGUCUACGUGGUGGCCGUCCUGAUGCCUCUGUGUGGCUACGCUGCAGGCUACGGCCUGGCCAUGCUCUUUGAACUGCCACCCAACAGCUGCAGGUCAGUCUCUCUGGAAACGGGAUGCCAGAACGUGCAGCUGUGCACUGCCAUCCUGAAGCUGGCCUUCCCCCCUCAGCUGAUGGGAGGGAUGUAUAUGUUCCCUCUGCUGUACGCCCUGUUCCAAGCAGCCGAGGCUGGCAUUUUCAUCCUGGCCUACAGGAUGUACAGGAAGAAGGUCUUGCACAAACCAGACCCCACUGGGGACAGCGAGGACACGGAUAUAACUUAUCAAAGGUUUCAGGAUGAAGAAUACAUUGACUCUUCUUAUGGUGCCGUAACAGUGAGUGACCCAAACACCAUCAUGUUGGACCCCUGUCCUCCUGAUCCAACUCCUGUUUAAUGUGCAAAUUUUAAAUAUUACUUCCCUACAAGUGGAUUCCUCAUUUUGAUUGCUAUCAUUCAUAAAGAAAAACUUGGAAAACAGGAUGACUAUGCAGGAAAAUCCAGAAUGUUUAUCACUGACCUGAUAAAAAGGUGCUUUGUGACAUAAGCUUCAUUCAUUGUUUGACAUCCAUGUCUAAUAUGGGAU